AUGGAGACAGUGUUUGGAGAGAAAUGGCGUCGAAUGCGAGUCAAGACUCGAGUCAACAAUCGUCGCAACAGUCGGACGCCAAAGACGGCCAGAAGUCGCUCUUUCACUGCCAAGAAGUCGGAGACACGAAGUUCGUAAUCCUCAAGAGGUAUCAAAACCUCAAAGCCAUCGGAAGCGGCGCCCAAGGAAUCGUAUGCGCCGCCUACGACAGCAAACUGGGCGCCAAUGUGGCCAUAAAGAAGCUCUCGCGGCCCUUCCAGAACGUGACGCACGCCAAGAGGGCGUACCGGGAGUUCAAACUCAUGCAAUUGGUUGACCACAAGAACAUCAUCGGACUGUUGAACGCAUUCACGCCGCAGAAGAGUCUCGAGGACUUCCAAGACGUUUACCUCGUGAUGGAGUUGAUGGACGCGAAUCUGUGUCAAGUGAUUCAAAUGGAUCUGGAUCACGAGCGCAUGUCUUACCUCUUGUACCAAAUGCUGUGCGGAAUCAAACACCUGCACGCGGCCGGCAUUAUCCAUCGGGACUUGAAGCCGUCGAAUAUUGUGGUGAAGAGUGACUGCACUCUAAAGAUACUGGACUUCGGUUUGGCGCGCACUGCGGGCACCACUUUCAUGAUGACGCCGUACGUCGUGACGCGCUAUUACCGCGCGCCCGAAGUCAUCCUCGGAAUGGGAUAUCACGAGAACGUCGACAUCUGGAGCGUGGGUUGCAUUAUGGGCGAAAUGAUCCGCGGUAUGACGUCAUCACGCCUUCUGUCUGUCCCUCUCUCUCACCUCUGCCCUCCUAUAGGGGCGGUGCUGUUCCCGGGCACGGACCACAUCGACCAGUGGAACAAGAUUAUCGAGCAGUUGGGAACGCCUUCCACGGACUUCAUGCGGCGUCUGCAGCCGACGGUCAGGAACUACGUGGAGAACCGGCCCAGGUACGCGGGCUAUGCGUUCGAUAAGCUCUUUCCGGACCUCUUAUUUCCGGCCGAUUCCUCGGAACACUCGAAACUGAAGGCGAGUCAAGCGCGCGACCUCUUGUCGCGAAUGCUGGUCGUGGACCCCGAGCGCCGCAUUUCGGUGGACGACGCGCUCACGCAUGCGUACAUCAACGUCUGGUACGACGACGCGGAGGUGAACGCGCCGGCGCCCGCGCCCUACGACCACUCGGUGGACGAGCGCGAGCACACAGUCGAGCAGUGGAAAGAACUCAUUUAUUCGGAAGUCUGUGAAUACGAGAAACUGAAGAAAGAGAAGCAAUCGAUGACCUCUUCGUCGGUCACGUGAUCGUCUCUAUUGUUGCGU